UACUCUGUAAAGUUGCUAAGUGCUUUUAUUCAGCUAAGAUCCUGUGCGGUGCAUGUCACUUAACCCAGUGACUCUACAAACUGGUCAUAAAAUGCCCAUGGACUCGCUACAAUUUGACAGUGUGCCAUUUAACGGUGGGUACUCGGAUACAAUUUUCCACUGCUUGGAGUCUUUUCCAAAAUAUCCCAAUAACUUCUCUCAAAUAAAUGAACCCGAGUCUCACACAGAUUUCUUGUGGAAUUGGAUGGAUCCUCAGGAAACAUGCUAUGACGAGAGUGAAACCGGACAGCUGACAAGCCUCCAGAACGUCCAAGAGUCGUACAUUCAGGGACCGUAUUCCCACUACUUCCCAGACGCCAGCAUCCAGACUUUGAACGGGAUGGUUCCCUGUCAAACGCAGUGCCCUCUUCCAGAGGACUUUUGUGGAACGGAGUUUACCACCUACCUUCAAUACCAAUCCACAUGCAAUGUGCCAAGUCCAUCUCAGUCAGAAGAAGAGGAAUAUCAUAACAUGAACAGCCCUGAUCUGGAGGUGUCGGACAGUGAAUCUGAUGAGAACUUUCCUCGAGGAGAGUGCCCAGGAUAUGACCCAGGUGUACGAAAGAAGGUCCGCCUGUACAAAUUCCUCUUGGAGCUCUUGCAGAAUGGAGACAUGAGAGAUUGUAUCUGGUGGCUUGAUCGCGAGAGGGGGACAUUCCAGUUUUCAUCAAAGUACAAAGAGUUACUUGCUCAUCGAUGGGGCCAACAGAAAGGCAACCGCAAAAAGAUGACCUACCAGAAGAUGGCUCGUGCCCUUCGUAACUAUGGCAAAACUGGAGAGAUCCGCAAAGUAAAGAAGAAGUUAACAUACCAGUUUGAUAGUGUGCUUUUGGGAGAGAGAAAGGUGGAGUCUUCAUUGCACCCGAUCUCGUAAACAAUACCUACCCAAUCCUGUUGAUAUGGGAAACAAAAGACAAUACAGGGUCCCCAUUUAACCACUUUUUAAAGUUUUUAUUUCCAGUUGUGGGUCGGAAAGGGGUUGACAUUGGAGAUUUCUAAUAAACUUUGACUAAUGACUUUCGAGCUUACACCUAAAGUUGAAACGGAAGAUUCUGCUCCAGAGAAAAGUUUCAUCAUUUCUUGAAGUGGUCAAGGCAAUAACCCAUUCCACAUGAAUCUUCUUGAUCUGAGGGACUCGACCCAUGUAAAUAAAAUGGAAAGAUACUUUUUCAGGAGGUAGAAGAAUUGUUUAGUGAUCAGUCAGGGAAAUGUACUAGAACAUCUAGGAGUACUAUUAUAGGAUCUUUACUGCCAAAAGCUGUAGGACAACACUCAAGAAUGUCACAUUAAAUUGUUUUUUAGCUAGAUGCCUACUUGGGUGGAGGGCCAAUGCUAUACUGCUUAGAUCCUGAUAAGCCUUUGAAAUUGAAUCUGUUUCACAUUUUUGUUUUGCAUUUUCCUUGUUGCUUUCAUUUUAGUUUUCUUCCAUAUUGGAUAGACUAGAAAUCAAAUCACCAGAUAUAUUUACAGUCAUAUUGAGUUGAAUUAUGCUUCUCAAUUUGGCUACGCUAUAAGAGUUUACUUUUAGAGAAACUAAAGGUUUCUAGAGGUUAGUCUUUAUAAGAACCAUAAUGUACUUCCAGAUGUAUUCAAAUAAUUGCAAUCAACAAAGCCAUUCUGUAAGAACUAAACUACUCAACACAAUAUGCAUGUAAAAAAAAAGUUGAUUCGAACCAAUUUUAACCAAUAAUGUUUAUAUUUGAUAAAUGAAAAAUUACAAGGAGUGUUCGCUAUCAAAUGCAGUCAAUCAUUUGUCAAUCAAGAUUAAAGUGUAUAUUGAAUAAUUUAAAGGCUUAAUCCAGCGAUGUAUAGCAUCAAAUGUAUUUAAUUAUAGCUCUAUAGGAAAGUACCUUAUUACUAUUCUUUCAUCUAUCAAAUUAAUUGCAUUUUUUCAGAAUCAAUCCCAACGCUAUUUCUGUCAAAAACAGAAUUUCAAGAAAAAGGAUGUCAUGGUGCGUUAUACCCUUUUAACAUUAAAGAAUAUAGCCUUACCGGAUAUUUGCACAUAAAGAGCUCAAUUCUAGAGAACUUCUGUUCAGUUACAAGAGUUAAAAUGCAUCACUUGCGAUAUAUAUAACCUUCAAACCGUUAUACAAUACCAUCAGUUCAACGAGUUGCAGAAUAUAAAUACUUAUAAACACAUAGGUGAGAGCUUGACUGUGGGUACUGGUUCAAAGGAUUUUACUUUCCUGUACUUGUGAGGACAGGUUUGGGGUAGGUCUUGCAAAAAUUGUGUGUCAAAAACCACAUAUACAAAAAUAUUAACGUUUUUUUUAAAACGACAGAACCAGCAGUUAAGCAGUUGAGUGCAGGCUGAGAUAAACAUCACAGUAUCUGAAAUGAAGUCUUAGCAAUCACUUGACAAACCUGUAACCCGUUGCUUAAACCUGACCUGCUGCUUGGAAUACAUUUGCACCAACAACAUGUUGAUUACCAAAAAACAAAACAAAAAAAGUGAUUUCACUACCGUCUGUCCAAGCAGAGCACACUUUUGAUGUAUAUAUUUUUUUGUGUGUUUGCGUUUGAAGAGGAUGUUAAUAUAAUAUAAAUAGUUGUAAAUUGAUGUGGUGUCUGUUUUUAUCAAAAUAAAGUGAGUGAAUAAUGGCUGCUUUCGAGAACCAAUGCUGUAAAAUCGUUUCUUGUUUUCGUUGGAUCUAGGGUAACGUUAACAAAUACAUAUUAAAAUGUAAUGAACAUUUCAAAAAUAA